GUCCGGCCGUAAUACGCUGUGAGGAAGUCUUAAACCGAAGUGGAAGACGAGGGGCAGGACGAAGGACAUCCUGUCGCGAGUGAGGGGCAGGGAGGCGCGCCAAGUGAAUGCGAGGAGACGGCUCGGCUCUGCCGGGGCCAGCACGACUGCGGCGGCAAGCUGAAGCGGCCACGAUCGCAGGGACGACGAGGACGAGAGAGCUUGGCCCCCUAACACCAAUCUGACUGAGCGUCUGUGGCCGCCUAAACUGAGCCCGCGAGCGGGCAGCAGCAGACACGCCUUCGCCUGCGGUUCGCUCGGCAAGGUUUAGGUCGGGCGUGUCCUCCUACUGGGGGAUUUUGGGCGGAAGAAAAUUAUUUAAAUAUGCUUCAAAAUGGUCUGGGACAGUCAACGCAAUCGUCCCCAGACUUCAAGCAAGGUGGUGGCGGUCUGGGCGUCUUAAACUCCCCACAGGGGGGGGACUCCUUCGACCCAAGCUCCAGCGAGGGCGUCCCGCGAGGGCGUCAGGACGACGAGGAGCACGAGGGAAAGGAGGAAAGGAAGGGGAUCUGGAAGAGCGCGAGGAGAAUGUGAAGUCGAAUCUCGGCGCAGCCCUUCGCGCGGGCAGCCUGCGGGACGGGCUGGCGCAGCUGGACGAAGCCUGCCGGCGGCUGCAGGCUCUUUGGCCUUCCCCCAUGCGGGGUGGCAUCUCUCUCCUUACAUCCCUCCUCGCAAGAGGAGAGGAGGAGGAGGAGGAGGAGGAGGAGGAGGAGGAGGAGGAGGAGGAGGGAGAGAAAGGAGCCACACGUGGGAAGACCUCGGCACCGUUGGCCGACCUGCCACCCCCUCCUGGGAGGCCGCGGCGAGGGCACGGGCCUCCCCGCGGGCGGGACGUCGGGCCGAGGUCGCCACCGGCGCCCCGCGCACGGGCUCGAGAUCGAGACCGGAAAGAUCGAGAUAGAGAUCGAGAUCGAGAUCCUCCUCCUGACGAGGAGGAGGAGGAGGACAAGCAGGUUAGGCCACAGUUCAAUCCGGCAAAUGCACCGCGAGAGUGCGCGCGUCACCUCGAACUCCACGACUCCAGCGAGGUGCCGUCCUCCUCGUCGGCGCCGCAGGAGCCGCGCUUGCCCUCGGGCCCCGUGUAGUGGUCCAGCAGGGCGCCCGACAGGGCGUCGCGCAGCUGGCCGCUCUCCUCCAUCCGGAAGAGCAUCAGGUUCUGGACGGAGAACAGCGUGAGCAGGACAGCCAGCGGCAGCCAGAAGAGGGCCAUCAUCGCGCAGGCGUCGGAGUACCACCG